CGAGUCGCUUUACUUUUUCGUAAAAUAUAUCUUUCCCGAUUUCAUUCUCUUCGAAACAGAAAGACGACUCCAUAUUCUUCUCUUCUAGAAUUUCACUGGCAAUCUCAGAGACAAAAACCCUAAUUUCUCUUUAGAAUGGCCGUUAUUCAAGAAAACCAGCAACCCGAGAUGGUAAAUCAACAACCGGAAUUGACUGAAGCCCAGAAAGAAAAUCUGAAAUAUUUGGAUUUCGUACAAGUAGCAACUCUUCAUUGCGUUGUUUAUCUCUCCGAACUCUACACUCUUGCUAAAGAAAACUCCGGUCCACUCAAACACGGUGUCGAAUCGGUUGAAGGCACUGUCAAAACUGUUGUCGCUCCUGUUUAUCACAAAUUCCAAGAUGUUCCAUUCGAAGUUCUCAAAUUCGUUGAUAACAAGGUGGAUGAAUCAAUGGGACAUCAGGUGCCAUCGCUAGUAAAGGAAGUUUCAGGACAGGCUUAUUCAGCAGCUCAACUAGCUCCAAAAAUGGCUCAAACUGUAGUUGCAGAAGUUCAGCGCGCUGGAUUGGUGGGAACUGCAACUGGGUUUGCAAAGAAUGUGUACACCAAGGUCGAGCCAUCAGCAAAAGAAGCUUAUGCCAAGUAUGAGCCGAUUGCUGAGCAGUACGCAGCUAAGACUUGGCGCAAACUGAAUACACUUCCAUUGUUUCCUAAAGUGGCUAAUGUUAUGGUUCCUACUGCUUCUGUAUUGUCUGACAAGUAUAACAGUGCUCUAUGUUAUACAGCCGAGAAGGGAUACACUGUAUCAUCUUAUUUGCCUCUUGUACCCAAGGAGAGAAUUGCUAAGGUGUUCACUGGUGCAGGAAGUGAAAUUCAACAACCACUUUUGGAUUAGAAUUGGUGGUGCUGGAAUGGCAUAGUUAAGGUGUGGUUUGACUGUGUUGUACUUGGAUGUUUAAAGUACACUGUUUUCCAUGGAUGCCUCAUUGUGUAAUCAGUUUAAUACAGUAGUAUUUGGAUUCUAUUCUUGUAUCUGAUUUGAAAUUUUUUAGUAUUAUAGUAUUUGGAUUCGAUUCAUAAAGAACUAUGAUAAUGUUGCAUAGUUUGGUC